GAACCGUAAGGCUUCCGGGUUUGGCGGGGCCUUUGUCUCUCGCUGCAGCCGGAACUCCGGGUGUCUUCUUCACUGCUGUGUGUCUUCUGCUCCUAGAGGCCCAGCCUCUGUGGCCCUGUGUCCUGCAGGUAUUGGGAGAUUCACAGCUAAGACUCCGGGACCCCCUGGAAGCUUAGAAAUGGGGCCAUUGCAGUUUAGAGACGUGGCCAUAGAAUUCUCUCUGGAGGAGUGGCAUUGCCUGGACACUGCACAGCGGAAUUUAUAUAGGAAUGUGAUGUUAGAGAACUACAGAAACCUGGUCUUCCUUGGUAUUGUGGUCUCUAAGCCAGACCUCAUCACCUGUCUGGAGCAAGGAGAAAAACCUUUGACUAUGAAGAAACAUGAGAUGGUAGCCAACCCCUCAGUUUUGUGUUCUCAUUUUACCCAAGACCUUUGGCCAGAGCAGAACAUAAAAGAUUAUUUCCAUAAAGGGAUACUGAGAAGAUAUGAAAAAUGUGGACAUGACAAUUUACAGUUUAAAAAAGGCUGUGAAAGUGUGGAUGAGUGUAAGGUGCACAAAAGAGGUUAUAAUGAACUUAACCAAUAUUUGACAACUACCCAAAGGAAAAUAUUUCAGUGUGAUAAAUAUGUGAAAGUCAUUCGUAAAUUUUCAGAUUCAAACAGACAUAAGAUAAGACAUACUGGAAAAAAACCUUUCAAAUGUAUAGAAUGUGGCAAAGCUUUUAACGAGUCCUCAACCCUUACUACACAUAAGAAAAUUCAUACUGGAGAGAAACCCUACAAAUGUGAAGAAUGUGGCAAAGCCUUCAACUGGUCCUCACACCUUACUACACAUAAGAUAAUUCAUACUGGAGAGAGACGGUACAAAUGUGAAGACUGUGGCAAAGCCUUUAGCCGGUUUUCAUACCUUACUGCACAUAAGAUAAUUCAUAGUGGAGAGAAACCCUACAAAUGUGAAGAAUGUGGAAAGGCCUUUAAGCGCUCCUCUAACCUUACUACACAUAAGAUAAUUCAUACUGAAGAGAAACCCUACAAAUGUGAAGAAUGUGGCAAGGCCUUUAAGCGCUCCUCUAUCCUUACUACACAUAAGAUAAUUCAUAGUGGAGAGAAACCCUACAAAUGUGAAGAAUGUGGCAAGGCCUUUAAGCACUCCUCUGUCCUUACUACACAUAAAAGAAUUCAUACUGGAGAGAAACCCUACAAUUGUGAAGAAUGUGGCAAAGCCUUUAAGUACUUCUCAUCCCUUACUACACAUAAGAUAAUUCAUACUGGAGAGAAACCCUACAAAUGUGAAGAAUGUGGCAAAGCCUUCAACUGGUCCUCACACCUUACUACACAUAAGAGAAUUCAUACUGGAGAAAAACCCUACAAAUGUGAAGAAUGUGGCGAAGCCUUUAAGUACUCCUCUUGCCUUACUACACAUAAGAUAAUUCAUACUGGAGAGCAACCCUUCAAAUGUGAAGAAUGUGGCAAGGCCUUUAAGUGCUUCUCUAUCCUUACUACACAUAGGAGAAUUCAUACUGGAGAGAAACCCUAUAAAUGUGAAGAAUGUGGCAAAGCCUUCAACUCGUCCUCACACCUUACUGCACAUAAGAGAAUUCAUACUGGAGAGAAACCCUACAAAUGUGAACGAUGUGGUAAGGCUUUUAAGCGCUCCUUUAUCCUUACUAGACAUAAGAGAAUUCAUACUGGAGAGAAACCCUACAAAUGUGAAGAAUGUGGCAAAGGCUUUAAGUGCUCCUCUACCCUUACUACACAUAAGGUAAUUCAUACUGGAGAGAACUAUAAAUGUGAAGAAUGUGGCAAAGCUUUUACCACUGUCCUUUUUACACAUAAGAAAAUUCAUAUUGGAGGGAAACUGUAAAGCGUGAUAAAUGUGGCAAAGCCUUUAUUUCAUCCUCACAGCUUAGUAGACAUGAGAUAAUUCAUGCGGAAGAGAAAGCCAAUAAAUAAGAAAAUGCGACAAAGCCUUUAAGGACACCUCUGCCCUUCCUAGACAUAUGAUAAUUCAUACUGGAGAGAAACCCUGUGAGUUUGAUGAAUGUGGGAAAGCCUUUAGUCAGCUAUCAACUUGUACUAAAUAUGAGAAUUUAUAUGAAACAUAAACCCUAUAAAUACAAAGAAUGUGACAAAGCUUUUAGGAAGUUCUGAACCCUUCUUACACAUAAUUCAUACUGGACAAAAAUCCUACAAGUUUGAGGAAUGUGGCAAAGCCUAUAACAAGUUUUCAAUUUUUUUUUUUUUUUGAGAUGAAGUUUUAUGCUUAUCACCCAUGCUGGAGUACAAUGCUAUGAUCUCGGCUCACUGCAACCUCUGCCUCCUGGAUUUAAGCCAUUCUCCUGCCUCAGCUUCCUGAGUAACUGGGAUUACAGGUGUCCUCCAACAUGCCCAGCUCACUUUUGUAUUUUUAGUAGAGAUGUGAUUUCGCCAUGUUUGCCAGGCUGGUCUCGAACUCCUGUCCUCAGGAGAUGCACCUGCCUUGGCCUCCUGAAGUACUGGGAUUACCGGCGUGAGUCAUGAUGCCCAGCCACAAGUUCUCAAUUCUUAAGAGACGUGAUAAUUCAUACUGAAGAGGAAAUCUACACAGCUAAAAAAUAUGACAGUGCUUUUACCAACACCUCCAACUUCUCUAUACGUAACAAUGAUUAUACUAGUGUGAAACCCUAGAAAUAUAUAAAAUGUGUCAAAGCCUUUAUAUGGUUGCCACACUUGAUUGUAGGUAAGAUAAUUCAUACUGGCAAAACUACAAGUGUGAAGAAUGUGGCAAAACUUUUAAUCAGUUCUUAAACCUUAUUUCACAGAAAAGCUAGUAUCCUUGAGAAAAACUGUACAAAUAGAAGGAAUAUGGAAAACCCAUUAAUUCCUACUCACAUCUAACUCAACAUAAAAAGAUUCCUUUUAAGAAUGGUGUGAACCCGGGAGGUGGAGCUUGCAGUGAGCUGAGAUCUGGCCACUGCACUCCAGCCUGGGCAACAGAGCGAGACUCUGUCUCCAAAAAAAAAAAAAAAGAUUCCUUUUAAUAAAAGCAUUAAAAUUGCAAUUACUGUCAAAAAAACUUUCAGAAAGUAUAAGUCUUUAAAAUGAGUAUUUUUUUGUGAAAAGCAUUACAAAUAUAAAGAGGGUUAUAUAGUACAUUUACUUUUAUCACAGAUUUUAUUGCACACAUUUUGUACUGAAGGAAACCCUAACGCAGUUGCUCAAGCUUUGUUCAACAUCAGGGAAUUUAUACUGGAGAUGAGUCCUACAAAUGUAUUAAGUUUAGAAACACUUUUUUUUUUUUUUCAGAAACUACAGCUUAGAAAACAGCAGAGAGUUUAUACUAAAAUAUAAUUUUGCAGAUGCAGUAAAUAUGAAAAAAUAUUUAAUUCAAAAUAGAUUGUAUAUAAAUAUCAGAGAAGUUACAGUAGAAUAACUAAGGCCCUGAUAUUUCAGACAUUAUACUAAAUCAGAGCAUUGGGUAUAAAAACUAAUCCACAGCAGCAGUUUUUAGGUAAAUGAUUUCUAUGUAACUUUAAAAGGAGUAGAUUUUGGAAGCAUUGUAAUUCCAUUGAAAGUGUAUUUGUUUCCUUGAAUAAAAUGUUUUGAAAGCUGAAUAAUGAUGUAAUACAGAUUUCAAAUUAUGCUGUUAUUUUCUAUUCACAUGUGAGAAAGCAUGUGAUCAAUUGCUUCUGCAUCAGAGAUAUCAGAGAUUUUAAAAAAUUAUUUAGACAUUAUGACCUUUUCUAUAAAAUAAUAAGAACAUUAAAAUGUAAGCUCCAUAAUGAAAAUACAAGUGGAGAGGCUCUUUGUAGUAAAAUUCUAUUAAGUAAUGUAUAAGGUAAAUGUUCAGAGCAAUAACUUUAUUAUAGUGACAAUUAUGUUUAGAACGUUAUUAAAAUAAAUGAGUAUAUUACUUUA